AUGUCCGCCUCAGCACCCGGUUUGUUGAACAAUCUGGAUUUAGUGGUGGGGGUGGAACUAUUGACCGAUUGGCGUGAUUUAAAAUUCCAACGAGACGGUUUCCGAAUCGCAUUUCAAGGUCAUUUGUUCAGCAUAUCCACUAAAGAAUUCAAGUUUGCCAAUCUGCUGGGAUGUGUGGCUGGAUUGAAAACCGCUGUGACCGGAAUCAGUCUGGUCGCCUUGGGCACCUCUCUACCAGAUGCAUUUGCCAGCCGGACUGCAGCCAAAUUCGAUGACACCGCGGAUAACAGUAUCGGGAAUAUCACAGGCUCUAACAGUGUGAAUGUCUUCCUUGGAUUGGGUUUGCCCUGGCUAAUCAGUGCUAUUCAUGCCAAUCUGAAAGGUGUCCAGUAUUGCGUGGCCACGGAAGGAGUGUUUGAAGGAACCAUGUUGUUCCUACCGAGCGCAAUCUUUGUGCUCGGUUUAUUGAUUCUCAGAAGAAAGCUUGAGUAUGAUGGUGCGGAGACAUACCCUUGCACGGCCGGGGAACUGGCAAAGUUGGCGCGUGUACACCGUGCUGCCACUAGACUCGUUGUUGGACUACGCGGGACCAGCUAUGAAGGUCGUCUGCAGGCUACUGGUCUGUUCCCAGUUGNAGAAGGUCCUGAGAGGUGA